AUGCCUCCCGGAAACCACCUUCUCCUAAGUGGAAUUCUAUCUCACAUCGAUAUCAAAGGCGAUAUAUUGAAUGGCAAUAGAAAUCGAUCAUCUUAUUGGGUUCAGAUCUACGUCGACAACCAAGAAAUCAUCAAAUCGGAUAAAAUCAAGGCUCAUUCUGGGAAGCUUACGUGGAAAUGGGAUCUGGGUACCAAGAUAAUUGAACUCUAUCGCGGGUUCAAAAGCACCGCCAUAGGCAAAUUCCGUCAGUUCCAGGUGCACGUAGCACAAUUUGAGGAACAAAUUGUGCAGUUGCUCGACAACGGUUCCACAUCAUUCGCAUUGAAAGAUAAAAAGGAUCAAAGUGUUGCAGAGAUCAAAAUGUCUCUUUUUCUGUCAGAGACACCGAAUGAGUUCAUCUCGGACUUCAUGAAGAAGGUUGAGCACGAUGUUGCCAAUCUGAAAGACAUCGACGGCGUUACCAAACAGGUAUUGUCAGUCCUUGGGCCUGUGCUGAAGAGUACGAAGACCAUGAUGGAUACCUUUGCUGAUGAUACACAGGAAACGGAGAUCCGAGACCAAUCAAUCCGAGAGUUGGCAGAAAAUUUACGUGAGAUGCUUGCUACUGCAAACGAGAAACUCGACCUGCCAAAAAUCCCAGAGGCGGUCGACAUAAUCCAGGAAAUUGGACAGCAUUCCUUGCAGGUUGCGUCAAUCAUCCACAAGUACACUCAAUUGCCUUACAAUGAAAGGACAUUGACGUUAAGCACCGGUAAUCUGGGAAAACGUAUCAAGGAGUGCCAAAGUAAAUUCCUAGCUCUCAAGGAGAGAUUCUAUGAGCGAGUACAGCUUGAGAUGAAUAAGGCUGUUAAAGAAAAUCAGGAUAUGAUGAAGGAUGUAAAGAAAGAGGUUACCAAGGUCAAGGACGAUGCCCUAGAAAAAAAGAUUAUUGAGUGGCUAUGGCAUUCCGCCCCCCCACUCAACUUUUCCCAAAACUACAAUGAAGCCAAUAAAAAGCGUCAAGGAGAAACAUGUUCCUGGUUUCUUGAGGAUGAGAGAUUUGGACAAUGGUUACACCAUUCUGGCUUUAUAUGGGUCUAUGGAAAAGAAACACUGCAAAGGAUCAUGGAGGGAUUUGAUGAUGUUUUCAUGGCCAUUGAUGCGCUGGACGAGUGCUUGGAUCGCCAAAGGACUCUUAAUUGGAUCCAAAAACUCCUUACCAAGUUCCAUGGGCAAACCAACAUUCAUCUGAUAAUCACAAGUCGACAUGAGACAGAUAUCAGCAGUGUUUUUCAUGAUCUUGGGGGUGACCACAUCGACGUCCUUAACUCUGAAAACAAUGAUGUUGAGGGGUACAUCAGGGAGAAGAUGAAAUUGGGCAAACUACAGCAACUCAAUGAAAAUUAUCGGUCUGAAAUAGAGCGUAAAUUACUGGAUUGUGCCGACGGAUCCCCAAGAUUUCGAUACAUUGCACUGAUGCUAGCCGAGGUGGAAAAAUGUUCAAAUCUGGCCAUGUUGGAGACAACAUUGACUGAGUUGCCAAAGGAUCUUGAUGAGAUAUAUGGACGAAUUCUGCGUAAAUGCGACUCCAAAAAGGCUUUGGAUCUUCGAAGAUUUCUUCAGUUUCUUGCAUUCUCCAUAAGAGACAUAACACUUGAGGAACUUGCCGAAAUUAUUACAGUUGAAUUCACUCCAGAAAAUGAGCCAGUUUACAAUUCCAACAAACGAUAUUUCAAUCCUAUUGAUGUCCUCGAGCUAUGUGGGGGACUAGUAGUGACAGUAAGAAAUGUCAAAUCACACAACCAGAACAAGGACUAUAUCAAGCUGUCCCAUUUUUCGGUGAAGGAAUACCUUAUGUCUAGUCAUGUCCAAGACGUGUUUCACCUGGCCAAGACCACGUCUCAAAUUGAAAUCUCAAAAACAUUGCUAUCGUAUCUUUUGGAGACUUAUGCCGCCACCCUUAAUAUCAACAACCUUGGCCCUUCCAACUUCCCACUCCAAUCCCAUGCUAUAAGACACUGGCAUUCAUAUGUCCAAUGCCAGGGUGUAGACAAAGACAACAUUGUAUGCAAGCUGGUAAUCUCUCUCUUAAGACUUGGAGAUUCUACAGGAUUUAACAACCAAGUAAUCAAUAUCCUGUAUAAUAAAGAGUUGAAGACUAAAACAGCCGAGUCUAGAAUGAUUUGCCAGGCAUCAGUCCUAGGCCUUUGUGGUGUCGUGGAAGUCCUAUUGAAAGAGGUGAAUGAUAUAAUCCUAACAAAGAAAUCCAUGGAUGGAAAAAAUCUACACCAGGAAAGGGUAAAUGGGAAGUAUAGUGAUGCCCUGCAGGCAGCAUCCUGUAUGGGAUAUGGAUUGGUGGUUGAAACCCUGCUGCAGCAUGGUGCAGACAUCAAUGUUGUGUUUGGUACUUAUGGCACUGCACUCCAGGCGGCAUCCUAUAUGGGCCAUAAAUUGUUGGUUGAAAUUCUUCUGCAGCAUGGUGCAGAUGUCAAUGUUGUGGGUGGCAAGUAUGGCACUGCAGUCCAGGCGGCAUGCUAUAUGGGGCAUAGAUUGGUGGUUGAAACCCUCCUGCAGUAUGGUGCAGAUGUCAACAUUGUGGGUGGUGAUGACGGAACUGCACUCCAGGCGGCAUCCUAUAUGGGCCAUAAAUUGUUGGUUGAAAUUCUUCUGCAGCAUGGUGCAGAUGUCAAUGUUGUGGGUGGCAAGUAUGGCACUGCAGUCCAGGCGGCAUGCUAUAUGGGGCAUAGAUUGGUGGUUGAAACCCUCCUGCAGUAUGGUGCAGAUGUCAACAUUGUGGGUGGUGAUGACGGAACUGCACUCCAGGCGGCAUCCUAUAUGGGCCAUAAAUUGUUGGUUGAAAUUCUUCUGCAGCAUGGUGCAGAUGUCAAUGUUGUGGGUGGCAAGUAUGGCACUGCACUCCAGGCGGCAUGCUAUAUGGGGCAUAGAUUGGUGGUUGAAACCCUCCUGCAGUAUGGUGCAGAUGUCAACAUUGUGGGUGGUGAUGACGGAACUGCACUCCAGGCGGCAUCCUUUUGGGGCUAUGAAUUGGUAGUUGAAACCCUCCUAAAGCAUGGUGCAGAUGUCAAUGCUGUGGAUGGUGAGUAUGGCACUGCCCUCCAGCUGGCAUCCUAUAAGGGCUCUAAAUUGGUAGUUGAAACCCUCCUAAAGCAUGGUGCAGAGGUCAAUAUUGUGUGUGGUGAGUAUGGCACUGCACUACAGGUAGCAUCCUAUAUGGGAUAUGAAUCGGUGGUUGAAACCCUCCUAAAGCAUGGGGCAGAUGCCAAUAUUCUGGGUGGCAAGUUUGGAACUGCACUCCAGAUAGCAUCUUAUGCGGGCUAUGAAUUGGUAGUUGAAACCCUCCUGCAGCAUGGUGCAGAUGCCAAUGUUCUGGGUGGCAGUUAUGGCACUGCACUCCAGGUGGCAUCCUAUAUAGGCUUUAAUUCGGUAGUUGAAACCCUCCUGCAGCAUGGUGCAGAUGUCAAUGUUCUGGGUGGCAAGUUUGGCACUGCACUCCAGGCAGCAUGUUCCAAAAACCACGAAAAAGUCAUUCAAUUGCUCUUGAGCCACGGUGCUAAAGUAACCUCACUGGAUUAUCUGGAUUGUAUUAGCAAUCCCGCCCUUCAGGUAGAACUUUGUAUUGCUUACUCUGCACAUAAAGAAAGUAUAUCAAACCCACUUCAAAUUAUGCCUGAAAACUGA